AUGGUUUAUUAUACUUAUCAACGUCAUAAUGACCGUAAUAUUUCAAAAAUAAAUCAGGAUGAGGACCAAUGGGCAAAUUCGGAAGAAUCUCCCAUCGUUCAACCUAUCAGGUCUGCUUUAGACCUUUCUUCGUCAACAUGGAAUUACUGUAGUUCUCUCGUUCCUCAACAUGUUCGUAGUAUAACGAGUUAUACUGGUCCAACUAGAGAUUUAAGUUGGAGCAGUUUUAUUCUUUUUCCAAUGUUGAUUUAUCCAAUAUAUUUUCUUAUUACUAUUCCUACAACAAUAGUUACUUUUCUCUUACUAUAUCUUCCAAUGGUCUGUAAAUUUGAAUAUUUACUUUGGAGACGUAAUAUCGGAAUUAAUGCACGAUACGACUUUACAUCAUUUAUUACCACAGUAACUGGAUCCAUUCUUAUACCAAUACUUGUAUUAAUAGGGGAUGCAGUGUUCUUCUGUGUAGUACUCUGUGCAAGUACUGGAGCUGUUUUUAUGGUAAUGUUUAGAUCAUUUGACGAAGGACUCGCAUUUUGUAAUAGAGUCGCAAUGGGUGUACCAGAAACUUACCUAGAAAUGAUUUUAGAGGAAUGA